AUGAGCUAUGCGAUUCCGGUCGCAUGGCGGAUCCCCUGCUCGGGCCUCCGUCCAUCCAAUGCUUUUUCCCCCCAAAACUCACAGGCAGCCUUUCGCCAUCUCCGCAUCGCAACCUUCCCUCGAUCUACCUCCUCCUUCCACCGUCCAUUGAGCUCGUUCAGUCCCUCGUCGCGACCUCAAUAUCGACAGAUCCCCGCUUCCACCUCUCCUUUCCCUAUCACACCCAUCUUCACUCGGUCAAAGAGAACCGCCGCUGCUGCAAAACAACCGCAAAAAAAGUCCGGAGGUCUGCCGGGGGGCCGCAUUCUGACCGAAGCCGAGAUUAACUGGAUCUUUGGCCCGGGAAUUUCCGUGAAGCUGGGAAACAAGGCUCUUGGUGCCCUGCAAACUCAACGCCAGGAUGGAACCUUGGACUUGGACCUCCCCGCCGACAUUGUCCGCGCCGUCAACCAAUCCCAACUAGACAGCGCCCUCCAAUGGCUCCGCGAGAACCAUCCGAUGAACGAGGAUGCCGCCAUCCUCGCCCGCAUUGAAAAGGAGGAACGGCAAGCAGAAGAGAAGCUCGUUCGCCGCGCCGAGGAGCUUGGUCUCUACAAGCCGCAGAGUGGGUCCUACGAGAAUGAGCUAGGCGAGGAGAAUUCGAUCUAUGGCAAAAGUGUACUCAAGGAGGCACGUGAGAUGAAUGAAAAGCGAUUGCUGGCGGAGAAGGAACGUAAACGCCAGGAAUGGCUUCAGGGAGAGAACGAGGAGCAGGAGCGUUUGCGCCGUCAAUUCAAAGGGGACACGGCCUUGCAGCAGUACCAAGAGGCUGCUCUAACAGAGGCUCGUCCUCGUGCGGACCCUAAUGAAAGGCCCUAUCUGGCUUGGAUUCAAAAACAUCACAUUGCUGGAACCCAUGAAUCACCAGAUGCCGUCGAUUUAACUACUACCCAACGUCUUCUCGCACCUGGUCUCUUCACUCUCUUCGCACUUGGUCUAUGCUACUACUUCGCUCAGAACUAUGAGUCCCCUGCGCGCAAGGAUCGCCUUUGGCCCACCGUCCCCCCUGCUGCUGCAACUGUCGGAGCUAUCAUUGGCGCCAAUGUAGCGAUCACAUUAUUAUGGAAGUUCAUCCCACCUUCAUGGAGACUUCUCAACCGCUACUUUGUCAUUGUUCCUUUCUAUCCAAGCGCGCCGAGCAUGCUUGGCAGCACCUUCAGCCAUCAAACAUGGAGGCAUCUCGCCACUAACAUGAUGGUUCUGGGCCUUAUGGGCACUAGAGUCCAUGAUGAGCUCGGCCGAGGCAACUUUUUGGCCAUUUACUUCGGCUCAGGUGUUGUUGGCUCCUUGGUAUCGCUGUCUCGCAAUGUUCUGCUCGGCACUUUGGGCCUCACCUCCCUUGGCGCGAGUGCUGCCACUAGCGGCAUUGUUGCCGCGUGGUGUCUGUAUCACUAUGAUGACAAAAUAACCAUGUGGAUCCUCCCCCACGAUCUUCGAGAGAACAUCUACACUCAGGGUUGGAUCUUACUGGCAUGUCUGAUCGGAACCGAAGUCCUCAGCAUGGUAGCGCCUGCCCGUUUCUUGACGGUUUGGCCUCUCUCUCGGCUCACCAAAAUGGACCACGCUGCUCAUUUGGGCGGAUACCUCGCUGGCGCCGGCUGUGGUUGGACCCUCGGCCAAAAGCGUAGGGCUGAGCGGGCACAGAGAGCUCGUGAUUCAAGGUGGCUGAAGAACCUGAGCCGCUGA